UCCAUGCUCCUCUUCUUCCAUAUUCAAACCCCACAAAAACACACCUUGGUUACAGAGCAACAAUGGCAGCUGCUACAUCUGCUGCAGUGUUAAAUGGGCUGGGAUCACCUUUCUUGACUGGUGGCAAGAGGAGCCAUACCUUACCUGCCCCAAUUGGUGCCGCCAUCGGUGGUGCUGUGUCGGCACCUAGGCGGCUGGUUAUUGCUGCUGCUGUUGCUCCCAAGAAAUCUUGGAUCCCCGCCGUUAAAGGGGGCGGCAGUUUGGUUGACCCCGAGUGGCUUGAUGGAUCGCUCCCAGGUGACUUCGGGUUCGACCCACUAGGCCUAGGCAAGGACCCAGCAUUCCUCAAAUGGUACAGAGAAGCAGAGCUCAUCCAUGGCAGGUGGGCUAUGGCUGCAGUCCUUGGCAUCUUCGUGGGCCAGGCAUGGAGUGGCAUUCCAUGGUUUGAAGCCGGAGCAGACCCGGGUGCCAUUGCCCCAUUCUCCUUCGGAAGUCUUUUGGGCACCCAACUCCUCCUCAUGGGUUGGGUUGAGAGCAAGAGAUGGGUCGAUUUCUUCAACCCUGAAUCACAAUCGGUUGAGUGGGCCACCCCAUGGUCCAAAACUGCUGAGAAUUUCACCAAUUACACCGGUGAACAAGGAUACCCAGGUGGCAAAUUCUUCGAUCCAUUGAGCCUUGCGGGCACAAUCCAGAAUGGAGUUUACAUUCCCGACACCGAUAAGCUUGACAGAUUGAAGUUGGCUGAGAUUAAGCAUGCAAGACUCGCUAUGGUUGCUAUGCUAAUUUUCUACUUUGAGGCAGGGCAAGGGAAAACACCACUAGGAGCUCUUGGCUUAUAAGGGAAAAAAAGGGGUUGUGUUAUGAAGCUUCUAUGUGAUCAUGUAACCAUGUAAAUUUAUUUAGAGAAAUCCCACAAAAGCACCAAGUUGAAUCGAUCAAUUCAGUUUUUCCUA